UGAGCAUCAAACGCUUCACUUAUUGUGUGGAAGUGGCUGGAAACGGACGUAUUCGGUGUAGUAAUGGCGGAUAACUCUGCAGCAAACGGCGACUUAAACCGUAAUAACAAUAUCAGUGGUACCGAUUGCAUGAGUGAUACAAACAGUGCCAAUGUGAAGUCUGAAGGAGACAUGGAAACGCAGAUACCGCCCGAGAAAGCUGGCGAAUAUGUUCGUGAACUGCUGCAAGAAAAACAGAGCUUGGAUUCCUCGCAGUGGCCAAACGCUCUUCGUCUACUGGAUCAAGAGGUGACGAAAGAGGUGGCCCGCGUGCAGGCGCAAGGUCGUCCCCUGCCCCGAGAGAGCAAGUAUGUGGACAUAUACCGCGAGAAGCCCAUCCGCGUCGCAGUCAAGGUGCUCGUGCCCAUCAAGGAGCAUCCCAAGUUCAACUUCGUUGGAAAACUUUUAGGACCAAAGGGCAACUCUAUGAAGAGACUACAAGAAGAUACGAUGACGAAAAUGGCGGUUCUUGGGCGAGGCUCCAUGAAAGACAAGCAAAAAGAAGAGGAGCUUCGCGCGUCGAAGGACCCAAAGUAUGCUCACCUGAGCGAUGACCUGCACGUGGAGAUAGCGGCGUUCGCGCCCCCCGCCGAGGCGCACGCCCGCAUAGCGUACGCUCUGGCAGAGCUGCGCAAGUACCUCAUCCCCGACUCGAACGACGAGAUCCGGCAGGAGCAGAUGCGCGAGAUGGAGCUCAUCCAGACCGUGUCCGGCGAGCCGGGCGUGCGCGUCCAAGACGCCGCCGCCGCCGCAGCUGCCGCCGCCGCAGGACGGAAGGUACUGUUGCCUAGUCAACCCCUGCUGGGCGGCAGCCCGUACCAAGCGAAACAGGGUUUAGCCGCGCAGGACGCUGCCGCAGCCGCCGCCGCCGCCGCCGCUGGACGCAACCAUAACCCUGUGCCGCGCGGCCGAGCCCUGCCGCUGCGCAGCGCGGUGGCGGGCAGCGGGGUGCCAGCAGGCCCUCCGCCGCCCCCGCGCGGUCGCGGACUGCUGGGGCCGCCCCCGCCUCCGCCACCGGGCGCAGUGCGUGGCCCUCCCGGCGGCCUCCGCAAGCCGGCGCCACCACUGCCGCCCCCACCGCCCCCGCAGGCUCUGCUGCCGCGCCCCACGCCCACCAAGACCAAGGUCCUCAGCAUACUGGACCGCGCGCGCGCUGCCAUGGAGGAGACUGGGUACGGCGGCGCAGGCGACGAGGAAAGGGCUGCCGCAGGGACCUUCUACGACACCGCCGCCUACGACUCGUACGCUGCUACGGGGUACAGCGGCUAUGAGGACUACGAGGAGGGCGGCGGCGACUAUUACGACGCGGCAGCUGCCUACCCAGACGACUCCGCCAGCCGCUGGAAGGCCUUCAAGAGCAGCACUGUGGCCGGGGUGAGCACGGACCGGCCGCGCUACCGGCCCACUCCGUAUGCGCGCCCAGCCAAGUAAUGAGCGCGACGGCAGCGGCAGCUGCUGCGGCAGCGGCGGCGGCGGCCCGCCCCCACCAUCACCACCACCAUCACCACCACCACCAGCAUGUCCACCAGCAGCAGCAGCAACAGCAGCUGCUGCACCUGCACCACCACAGCCACCACCUGCAGCAGCGGCAGCGGCACCCGACCCAGUAGCAGAGGCCGGCGCUGCCAGUGAGUGCCGCAGCAUUGCCUAACCAGUAUAGCCUAGCGCGGGCCGCCUACUGACUCCAUAACCAAAACACGGAUACUGUACCAAUUACAGACGCUCGCUCUCACCAGAGAAGAUAGAAAAGUGGAGCGAAGCUUGGUGUCAAUUCGAGUUUAAGAAAAAAACAUUAAUCUAGUCCUAUUCUUUGGACAAGAAGAAUAGGGAUGUCUACACCAUAUACAGUAAUUUGGUGUUAAUCGUUAAAACAGGUUAACGACAGAUGUAUUUAGUCUAUCCUUUGAAUUAGUAUCGAUUGGUUCGACAUUCAUUCAUUUAUUUAGUUGAACGUGAAGAGUCGCAUAAAUGUUUUUCCAUUGUAUAUGUGCUUCACAUUUUGACUAUCUCUCGUGUUCUGACAUAAAAUUCUGUUUGAACCAGGACAUUAACAUACAAUUGAUUUUCCUUAAAUUAAUUAGUAGCUCUAUUCUUGCAAAAUGGUGUGUAGUAUUUCAUUCUUUUGUCUCCCAUAUUGACAUAAUUCAUGUUGGUAAUACCAAAAUUCAAAAUAUUAUUUCACACACCAUAGUGUGAGAGGAAAAGCUAAAAUUUUAUUUGAGCUGUAAAUUUUGUAUGUUUAUGAAGUGUGCAGUUAUAUGUCAGAAUAUGGGCAAUAGACUCAAAUAAAACAUUUAUGUGACAGGUUGUACUGGGAUAGAUUAUUCCACUAGUACACUACACGGAGUUGUUUCACGAUAGAGAAUGUGGCUCAGCAUAAAUUUUAGUACACUUCUAUCUCACCCUAGCUACUCCGUCCUCCUGUAUUCGACAAGGCUGGAUCAGAAUUAAAAACGUGACACCUCUCUUUAUAAUCAUUUUGAACUAAAAUUUUGCAAAUUUUAGUUUUACGUUUUUUGUUUUCUAAUUGUACUGGGCUAAAACACUUAUAGCUCCUAGUGUAGAUGGUGUAUGGUACUGCAUGAAAUAUGUAGAUGUUUAUAAGUGUGUUUAAUGUGCAACACUUGACUGUAAUUGUUUUGUGAGCAUCGGCAGUGGGAAUUAGUUUUGUCGAAGCACAUAUACAAUUCACAGUACUGAAUAUUAGAAGUAAACAUAGUAUUCUUGUCACAUUUACUGUAACAUGUGUUAGUUGAAGUCAACCAGUAUUUAGUAAUUUUCUUCAUAUUAUGAUAGACCUAAAAUACUACUAGUAUUUUAUGGUAGUGCUGUAAACUUUUCGUUUCUAAAUCAGACAUAAUGUAAAAGCCAAUGUAAAUCCUAUACUUUUGUGGACAGCGUUUACUUUCAGAUUUGGUUUAACGUGCUUCACACAACUACAGAACUUACAUAUAAUUAUAUGUAUAUAUCGCAUUUUUGUGGCCAGUGGUGUGUACUAAGAAUUUGGAAUGGAAACUAUUGUGGGAUUUUAUGUGUGUUCUUGAAAGAAUCUGGUUGAAAUACCAUUGGAUACAGGGUUACUUCACAGCAGUUGUUUGAAAGUAGCAUUCAAUGGGAUGACAAUCAGAACACGUGUGGCACUAAAUGUUUGCCAUGGUACCUAUAUUUCGGUUUGUGGCUGAUGGUGUCUUGACUGAAUUGGUAUUACUAAAGUGGUCCAAUCUAUAUUAACCCACUCUUGGGCUUUAUUCUUACGAAUAAUCUGUUGAUAUCAAAAUGUGUAGAUUUAGCUACUUCACAUCUCACUAUUUAAAUUUUCUGAGAAGCCCGUUGUCUAGGAAACAUUGUUCAAAUGAAAUAUAUAUAAAUAUAUUUUCAUGUGUACUGAUUUUAUUGAAGAAUUAAAUACAUUUGUGAAUGAUUUUUAUUUAAAGUAGGCCUAAAUCGCACAGUAUGUAGCUCAGGUUGCUGCAAUAUAUUUUUACAAGCAGAUCAUCUGAAAUACCUAUCCAGUAAUUCAAUAAUUUAGAAUUUGUGCAAAUGACUUGAAAACUGUAUCUAAAACAAACAUUGUAAAUAUAACCCCAAAUGUUUUGAGGCUGUCAAUAUUGAUGACUAAAAAGGGGCAGGAAAGAAUUUUUAAUCACUAAAGUAGAUAUCUGCGUAGACGGAAAGCCUUUACCUAAAGGGCAGUGAAUAAAUUGUUAUGACUGGUGUCCUUAUUACUUUAUUGUCCAUACGACAAAGCAGCCUAAGUCUUGAAUUUUUGUGUGUGAUGCAAAAUACUGUAGUGUAUUCUCCUUAGCUUCUGAAAUGUUUUAGAUAUUUUAAAUCUCAGAAAUCAUACUGUAAUUAAAGAUAAUUAGUGUCUGAUAAGUAAAAAGGCUGAGUCAUCUAUGGUCAUGUUUGCAGGAUAAUGGAACAUGUGGUAUGUUUAGAGCCAAGUGGUGUUCUUGGACAAGAACUUUUUAAUAGCCUUUAAAAGUUAGUGGUGUGUAGUACAUUAUAAAAGAAGCAUUUAAAAUGUUCUAAUUUAGUUUUAUUUUUCUUUCAAUAAUCUUAAAUUAAUUUCUUUAAAGUAAUGUUGUUAGUAGUUUUGUGAAAUGUUUAAAAAGGAUGUUACACGUAGCAUUAAAAUAUAAACUUGUAAAAGAAACACAAAAAUAUUACAUGAGCAGUUUUCAUUAGAUGUAAAAGUUAUGGUUAAAAUUGUAUGUUUUUUCAAUGAAGAUUUUGAAAUCUUCCAUAAUUAAAAUUUAUGAAAUCUG